AUGUCACUCGGUAUUAUUAUAUCGCUGGCAAUACUUCACAUAUCUUAUCAACAAUCAAGUUUGCCUGGCUGUUUAUGCACAGAAGAGCAGCUUAAUAAUGAUAAAUGCGAUAAAGAUUGCAAUACAAAGGAAUGCAAUUAUGAUAACAAGAGCUGUAACAGCUCUGACAGUGAAUUUGAUUGAAAACAGAUAUGCAUAAUACUUGGAUGCGUAAUAGGUAUUAUUUUUAUUUUGUAACAUAUAUUUAGGGCACUCCUUAUAUAUAUAUCAACUAACCCCUAUAAAGAUUUCUUACCUAAAAAUAAUUUUUUUAAUUAAUUUUUUUAAGAAAAAUCCUCAAAAGAGUUAAGAUCAAUUUUUUCAGCUGGUUCAAUAGAAUCAGUCCAAAUGCUUCUUAUGAAGAAAACGAUGAAAAUCAUAUAACAAAGCAGCAAAUAGAUCAAGAUGCCUCCACAUUUGUAUACACAGAAAAUACCGAAUUCACUGGAGAGCCUACGUGUGCGAUUUGCUUAACAGAUUUUAAAACAAGUGACCCAGUGAGGAUUACCAAAUGCAAGCAUGCGUUUCACACAAAUUGUAUAGAGCAAUGACUAACCACAGCAAGACACCCAAGAUGCCCGGAUUGUAAUAAAGAGUAUAUUUCUCACGAUUUUUUCCAAUAA